AUGGUCGGUGCACAUUCAUUAGUAUCUCGUGCAUUUCCAUAUGAAGGAGGCCGACUUCCCGUCAUCGGAAGCGACCUCUGCCUGACGCACAAGGUUGUGCAUGGCAAUGGCAAAUUUAGAUCCAUGUUGGUAACAGAGGGCAUCGUCAGCACCGAACUGUGUAACCGGUUUGCUGCCAUCGUUGCCGUUAAUGCCGCAAGCGUGCUGGCCAAUUCGUGUCUUGUCUCUCUACCUCUCGGUUCUCAUGCAUUCUCAAUUCCCUUCGUAAUGAAAGCAUCAAUUUAUUUAGCCCCCACUGCUCCCUUGUAUGUUUUGCAAUUUUGUGCAUUAACGGGUGCAGCACCUGCGUAUCGGAUCAUCCUAGGUUUCACAUUUCGCGGGCGCAGUAUGAUCCUUUUUCUUUUAUCGUCAGAUCGAAAGCAGGCGCAGAUGGAAUCAGGAUCCGUGUGCCGGUCUUCGAAUAGACCCCGCAUGCUUAUUUGCUAUCUAUGUGGCCGGGAGUAUGGUAGCAGGAGUUUACCAAUCCACAUCCCACAAUGUCAAAGGAAAUGGUUGCUUGAAGAGGAGAGUAAGCCUAAGAAUGAGCGUCGCCCUCUGCCAAGUCAACCGAAUGCUGACAAGGCCAUCGGAGGUGGUGGUGGUAAAGCAUACGAUAACUUUAAUGCCGAGGCCUUUGCAGCAUUUGAAAAGACUUUGACUCAGUGCCCUAAUUGCCAGCGACGCUUCAACCCAAAAUCCUUCCAUAAGCAUCAAAGAGGGUGCACUAUAGCAAGACCUGCCAAACCCGCUGGCACAGGCCUUAUUAAAUACUCACUAACGAACAGACUCGUCCCUGGUGCAGUUGCUGGUUCCAUGCACGGAAAAGCAACAACACAGCCUUUGCCACUAUGCUUAUGUAGACUACCUAAGUCGAAGCCGAAGCCGAAUCCGAAGAACCCGACUGUAAGGCCGGCAUGGACUGGUGCAAGUGAAUCUCUAACUGAUGACAAGCAAGCUGAUUCUCCCCUUCUGCGGUACAAGAGAACCCCCAGUGGACAAGAGUGGUGCUUGCAAUCGGAGACACGUCUCUCUUCGAAUCAAGCUGCAAAUACAGGGCACAGCUUGCACAGGAAUACUCCUAAUGUUGAGCCUGGUGUUCGAAAUAGGCCACUGGAAUCGAGAAACUCCUCCCAUCAUUACAGGAACGGAGGACAUAGUGGUGUUGAUAACUCUCAUCUGGUAAACACAUUUGGAGAUUUGUGGAGAACUCACAGGGAGGGUGAUUUGCUCCCCGCGCGUCAAAAUCGAAAUGCUGCACAGGAUUGGUGCUCCCAACCAGAGACGAGGUUACCUUCACAACGAAUUGGAAAUCCAAGACUUAAGAGUGGCCUUGCUUCUCAGAGCAGACAUUCUACAAGUGUUAUACUUGGGUCCCAAGUUUAUCAAAAUGAGAGGGCUCUGGACUUGGGUGGCGAUGCCAAGAUAUUCCCUUCAAAUCGAGAUGAACAUUACGAAAACUACAUGCCUAUGCAUGGGAAGACAGUGGACGGUCUGAGGCACGUAUGGCGUCAACCUUAGAUCCUCCACUUCAUGUUCUCACAAACAAAACCAUCGCGUAUUCGUCUCAAAGGAGAAUGCCGCCUGCUUCCUGGAUGUGUGUAACAGCUGGCCCGAAUCCAGUGCUGCAUAAUUUUACACAAGCACUUUGCUGCUUCAUGGCGGGAUUUUUCACAAGGUGUCGGUUGAGAAGUGACACGGAAAGGUCAUCAAGUGGACAGAGCUCUGCGAUUUCAGUUCUGGCCAAUAUUCUAAAAGGAACAGGGCAUGCGGUGAUUUAGAUUCGCAUCAUCGUAACCCUCCGUCCUUAUUGAUACAGCGAGAGCAACUAAUUCUUUUGGUCGAGGCAAUGUCGACAACUUCCGUCUUUUUGCAGGUUAUUCAGUAUUUCUGUCUGGAAAAUCCUUGGUUUGGGUCGGCCUUUUACGCAGGUAAUUUUGUGUAGAGUGUAGUAUUUCGUUCGAUUUGAACGACGCUCUAGCAGCACAAGGCUCCGUAGAAGCCAUUUCCAGGAAUUUCUCUUAAUGAGAAUUGUCAAGUCAAGUGCUCAAAUUUUAGGUGACAAAUUUCCACCUACAUGUCAAAGUACGAGUUCUUUACCUUUGAGAUCUCCUGUAGCUAUAAAAUGAGUAGAUCAGGUGUAUGAUCUGGCAGAUUGUAUCAAGUCUGGCCAGCAUCGUAUGGAGGCGUCAGCACUCCCUGCUUCAACUCGGCGUCGUUGAAUUCCAGGAAAACCCCGAAUCCGUUGAUCGAUCAACCAAGCAAACUAAAACCUUUUGGUAAUUUCCCAAGCAGAACAUGGGAUCAAUGAUUUCUGAACAAAAGUACAUCACGGAUGGAUCAGUGUUUCUUUCAUUUCUGCAAACGUCAAUUAACCUGUGAAUAACCGACUAGCCGACAAGUAUAUUACAAAACUGCUAUUC